AUGCGAAUACCCUCCGAGUCUCUUGUUCACCAAAAUGAGGCCAGUGUGGACUCGAACCAGUUGCCUCCCAUCGACACGCACUCUCACCGACACCACCGCGUCAGUCCCGCCCCAUCUCUCGAUCUUUCUGGGAUGCAGUUUGGAGCGAAGAGACGGGACAAUGAGAAGACAGCCUAUCCCUCCCCAGCUGCCCCUCCGAGGCCGGCUUUUAGGCGGCAUCACUCAACGCCGACUCGGUUCCUCUUGAAAAGCACCGAGAACUACUCCCUGCUUCACGGCAUCCUAGAGGAUGACGAGUCGAGGCGCAUAUUCUAUUUCAUGAUCCUGAACUUGUGCUUCAUGGUGGUCCAAUCGACGUAUGGCAUUCUGACAGGGUCGUUGGGCUUGAUCAGCGACAGCAUUCACAUGUUCUUCGAUUGUGUGGCGCUCUUGGUCGGUGUUUGUGCUGCAGUCAUGAGCAAGUGGCCUCCGAGCCUCAAAUUCCCAUACGGUUACGGAAAGAUCGAUACCUUGGCUGGACUAGGGAAUGGCAUUUUCUUGAUGCUCAUUAGCAUUGAGAUUAUCUAUGAAGCAGUCGAGCGACUCUUCAUUGGCGCCGAUGUCAGUCGAACUACCGAGCUACUUGUGGUGAGCACCCUAGGGCUGUUGGUCAAUCUGGUAGGCAUUUUUGCCUUCCAUGGAGCCCACGACCACGGACAUGGGCAUGGACAUAGCCAUAGCCAUGGCCAUUCUGAUCACGAUCACGACCAUGAGCACAAGCACGACCAUGAGCACAAGCACGACCAUGAUCACAAGCAUGCCCACAGCCACGACGAGGAACCAAUGACCGCCUCGGCAUCUCCUAUGAAACACAAACAGGGCGGGGCAGGCGACCAUCACCACCACCAUCACUCUGGCGGAGAAAAUAUGCAAGGUAUCUAUCUGCACAUCAUGGCCGACGCGCUCGGGUCUCUCGCCGUUGUCGGGUCGACCCUCCUCGUCCGGUGGACUGGCUGGAGUGGCUUCGACCCCCUGGCCUCGUGCAUUAUCGCCGUCCUCAUCUUCGCAUCUACAAUCCCUCUGGUCAUGUCGACAACAAAGAUUCUUCUGCUAUCCCUCAACUCCGACAUCGAGUAUAACCUUCGCGGCAUCCUAAGCGGAGUGGCCGAGAUCCGCGGCGUAGUGGGCUACACCGUCCCCAAGUUCUGGCUCGAAGACAUGAAGAAAGAGCCAGGCCACCACCACCACGGCCAUGAUCAUGGACAUUCCCACUCCCACACCCAUGCUCGCAAAUCGAGCGAGGGCAAGAAAUGUGACCAUGAUCACGCCCACGACCACGCCCACCGUCAUCAUCAUGACCACCACGACCAACCAGCCGAUGAUCCCACAGUCCUGGGUGUAAUCCACGUCAUUGCCUCGCAGACGGCCGAUCUAGAAGACGUAAGGGAACGGGUGGACCUGUACCUCCGCCAGAGGAAGAUGGACGUGGUGGUCCAAGUGGAACGCGAAGGCGAGUUGCGGUGUUGGUGUGGCGGCAACGGGAUCAAGAGUCCUACUUGA